UUACCGUUUCGUACGUUAGUUCGUCUCUAUUCAGCAGAUCUUGUUUAUACACCAAUGAUUUAUGCGAAGGAUUUCAUCGCCUCUCAAAUGUGUCGUUCCUCAGAGUUCACAACGUGCGAAGGUGAGAAUUUGAAUAUGAGUGCAGUCAGCGAUCAGUCUAGGAUAUGCACUCAGUAUUUCGUUUAUAUUCCGGGUGUUCCUUGA